AUGCCUUUAAGCAACCCCAAAAUCUCCUCAUUAGCCAGUCUUCUAACCAAUAUCGACCCCAUUUCGUCGGCCAGUUCUCCUCUCCAAGCACGUACCGACCCUAGCCUUCUCAGUCUCAACCCGCCAGUGACCUUCCGCAGACCGGCCAGAAAUCAUAGUGGUCACGAUGCUCAGGCUCAAUAUUGUCGUGUGUAUAACCCUGAGCAACACGAGGAUCAGAGCGCCCAGUUUGUUGACGACAAAGGCUACGAUAGCCUAGAAGAACAGAACGACCAGUCCUCCGACCAAGAGAGCCGUGAUAGUUCCGAAAGCAAGGCCAAAGGAGAGCCUGUGUGGCUCCUGCGACACAUCGACGACGAAGGCGACCCCAGGCAGUGGGCACUCUACAUGUUUGGGAAAGUAUACGAGCUUCGUGUCGUACGGAAUGCACCCUACCGCUACUCAAUCAUUUGUUCUCCACGAUUCGAAGCACACGUCACCGACGGUGUCCGACUAUAUCCGAGAACGGGCUUUCAUCAUAUGAGUCCAGAGAGACUCUGCGUGGGAGGUACUCCUGAGCUUCACAUGACCUACUACCUUGCCGGUUGCUACAUCUGCAUGGUUGGGAAGACACGUUUGACACCAGGUGAGGUUCAGCAAGCUUUUAGCAGGGUCAAGGUCGACUUUGGAGUGUUCAUUGCCACUUUCCUUUGCCAGAGCUUCCUGGACAGGUUUCUUAAGAAGAUCAUUGCACGAAGGGAUCGAACCCCCCGCUGCAAGAAGUCUAUCAGCCAGGUUAUCACAGACAAGCGAUUGACCAGGUUCAACCCCAGGUCGAAGAGAAGACUCCAUGAAAGCCAGGUCAACCAUGGUGGACUGUUUCAAGGUCAAGAGAUACCGGUCUUGGAAUCGCAAACGAAACCAGAUUCUGUGCAAGAUGGCGAUCAGGCGAGACAGGAAGCAUCGCCUUCUACUUGA